CCUAGUUCUGCCUUUCUUUUCUCUCUCUCUCUCUCUGAACUUUUUUCAUCUUCUUAAACUUAUUCCCCAAUACUUAUUAUUGAUCAGUCAUUGGCUGCACGAAUACUGCUUUUAGAGAGAAAGAUGAGACAUCACUCAUGCUGUAACAUGCAGAAGGUGAAGAGAGGACUAUGGUCACCGGAGGAAGAUGAGAAGCUCUUUAACUACAUUUCAACCUAUGGCCAUGGUUGCUGGAGAUCUGUCCCAAAACUUGCUGGCCUGCAGAGAUGUGGAAAGAGCUGUAGAUUAAGAUGGACAAAUUAUCUCAGACCUGACCUAAAACGUGGGAGCUUCUCUACCCAAGAAGCAGCCCUCAUCAUUGAACUCCAUGCCAUUCUAGGAAACAAGUGGUCUCAGAUAGCCAAGCAACUACCAGGAAGAACAGAUAAUGAGAUUAAGAACUUCUGGCAUUCAAGCAUGAAGAAAAAGCUGAUUUCUCACGAUGUUCCUGCCACAGCCACCUUUCCUGAUAUGCACUGUAAUGGCAACUCUGAGGAAGGUUUUUCCUCUCUAAUUGCAAACCCUAAGUGGAUCCGAAGCUCUCAACAAGACCAGCUAUACUUUCCCACUCCAACCCCAAUGUUGCAAGACUUUGAUCAUGGUGAUCUUAAAUUAAAGCAAACCAAUUAUGGUGCCAAUUUGGUUCACUUUCCACCCCUAAUAGCACCACCAUCAUAUUCUUCAUCUUAUGACCCACUAUGGUCAUUAGGCUAUCAACCACAUGAACAAUUUGAUCCCAAUCAAGAAGAUCAAAAUUUCAGCACUAGUGGAGUAACACAUUAUAUUGGUGAUGAACUUAUUGGUCCAGGACUGACAGCACCACAUUAUGAUGAGGAUCCAUUAACAGUGCCCAUGAUUCCAAAACCUUGUGAGAUUAUUAGUGGUAAUUAUUGUGGCAUGCCUUAUUCAUGUGCUUCACAAGAACUUGACCCACUUGCUAGAAUCCCAUAUUUUCCAGCUGAUUUUAAUUAUCCUUAUGAUCCACACAUGCCUAAAAAUCGUACGGAGAACAUGGAUUCCAUGUCAUCAUCAUUAUCAAUCGGGCAAUUUGUCACAAACCCUAAUGAUCCUUCAAGCUGGGGGACUUAGUGAUGGUACUCCAUUGGAGUUAGGUUCUGUCUAUCAAUUAAUGGGCCUAUAAUUGAUAAGAUUUAUUUAUUGUUAUGGGCACAAUAAAUAAGUGAAACUUCUUUGGGAAUCCUAAACGUUUCUAGUUAAAGUGAGCAAGGCUGCUGAUAAUAUAUGUAGCUUAUUCAA